AGGAUCAAGCACAGCAAGGAAUAAUGGUUGAUCAGCUUUGCAAGCCAGGUUACCUUUGGGAAAUUGAAAGUUUUGGCCAGAAUGGGACAAUAACUGGCACUAUUAUUACACCUUGUUUUGAAGAUACUGUAAUUCUUUAUGGAGUUUGUCUGUUCUUUUGGAUACUAGCAAGUGUUAACUUCUUGUGUCGCAAAAACAGAGAAUUUAUCCAUAUUCCUUUUAAUAUAUUACUUUUGACUAAAAUGGUUUUGUGUUUUGUUAUUAUGCUAGUAACACUAUCUGACUUCAUCUAUGCCAUCAUUGUGGUUAGAAAAAAUGCUAUAGCACCUUAUUUCUUCAUGUCUCCAUUUGUAAUAGCAUUUACCAUGGUAACAGUGAUUCUUCUACUACAAUCUGAGCAUAAAAAGGGAGUUCGGUCUUCUGGUCCUCCAGUAAUUCUAUGGAUUGGUCUUGUGGCUUAUGGAUCCAUUAAAUUGUGGUCAAUACUAACUAAACUUCCUGUUAAAGAAAAUGUUAAAUUAUUUUUUCUGGUCACAUUUACUCUUGAAUAUUUUUGUUUUCUACUUCAACUUAUGCUUUCGUUUAUCCCAGAACCAAAAUCAAUUGAUGAUAUUAAUGAAAACCCAGUGUACAGGCCUUCCCCUGAAAAAUCUGCGUCAUUCUUUUCCCUUGUAACAUGGUGGUGGCUAAAACUGUUAAUGUGGAAAGGAUCUCACAAAGUAUUAACUCAUGAUGAUCUUUAUGAUAUAAAUUAUGAGGAUAAAUCUGAAGUCACUUCUCUCAGAUUUCAAAAGGAAUGGAAUAAAGAAGUGAAGAGAUCUGGGUUAUUAUUUGUUCAAGGUCAAAAAAAUAAUCAAACCAAAAAAACUAGGGAACCAUCUCUGGUUCUUGCUUUAUUCAGCGCUUAUGGAUUAGAUAUUAUUACUGGUGGAUUUUAUAGAUUGUGCUAUGAUGCUCUUUUUUAUGUUAAUCCUUUAUUGUUAAGAAUGAUGUUGGCAUACAUCAAUGACAAAGACCAACCACCGUAGAUUGGGUACUUUUUUACAAUUGUAAUGUUUUUAGUUGCAUUGCUUCAUACAAUCAUUAACCAACAAUACCAAAAUAUUACAAUUCUUACUGGAAUGAGAAUAAGAUCUGGUCUUAUAGCCACAAUCUAUAAUAAGUUGCUUGUUUUAACAAGGAAAGCAUGUCAAUCCAGAACAAUGGGAGAGAUGAUUAAUCUGAUGUCAAUUGAUGCUAAUAGACUGAUGGAGCUGUGGCAUUUUUUUCACUUAAUGUGUUUCAGCCCUUUACGAAUUAUUGUUGUUCUUGUGGGCUUAUACUGGGCAACAGGUUUUGCUUUUUUUGCUGGAUUGGUGGUGUCUAUAUUAUUAAUGCCUUUUACUGCGUUGAUAUAUAUAAUUGGAAAGCACUUUCAGGUAAAAUUGACUGAAAACAGAGACAAGAGGCUGAAAAUGAUAAAUAGUAUUAUUAAUGGCAUCAAAGUGAUCAAGCUAUAUGCAUGGGAAAUACCAUUCAUAAAAAAUGUGAAAAAACUGAGGAAUAUGGAACUACAUAACUUAAAGAAAGCAUCUCUUUUGCAAGCAUUUGCUGCUUCUACCAUGUUUGGUUCAAAUACUGCGAUUAUUAUAACAACUCUUUUUGCUUGUUUGCUGAUCAACUAUAAUUCUGAUUAUCAUAAAAUAACUGCUGUCAAGAUUUUUGUUGCCAUUUCUCUAUCUGAUAUUCUUCGACUUCCACUGCAUCAUUUGCCAAUGGCACUUGGAUACAUAAUUCAAGCUAAUAUCUCACAAAAACGCAUUUGUUCAUUUUUGAUUGAGGAAGAGCUAAAUUCUGAAUUUAAUGACAAAGAAGAUUAUGAUGAAAGCCAUGAUAAUGCUGUAUCAAUAACUGGAGGUCUAUUUUCAUGGGGUGAUGAGAGAGAUGAUUUUCUUUUAUCAAACAUUGAACUAUCAUUUAAACCUGGAGAACUAGUUGCUGUAGUAGGACCUGUCGGUUCUGGUAAAUCAGCACUAAUAUCAGCUAUUAUAGGGGAAAUGAAUAAGUUAAAAGGAUCUGUGGUUCUUAGGGGUAGAGUAGCUUAUGUACCUCAGAUUGCUUGGAUAUUAAAUGCUACAGUCAAAAAUAAUAUUACUUUUGGUAAAAGAUUCAAUAGUGAUUUCUAUAAUGAAGUUGUUAAAGCAUGUACUUUGGAAGCGGAUUUUGAAAUACUACCAGGAGGAGAUAUGACUGAAAUAGGAGAGAAAGGUAUAAAUCUCAGUGGUGGUCAGAAACAACGUGUUAGUCUAGCUAGAGCAGUUUACCAAGAGUCUGAUGUGUAUUUGCUUGAUGAUCCUUUAUCUGCUGUUGAUUCACAUGUUGGCAAACAUAUUUUUGAUAAUGUGAUAGGACCUGAAGGAUUAUUGAAAGACAAAGUGCGUUUCCUAGUGACUCAUGACGUGAGGUUCUUAUCUCAAAGUAAUAAGAUAAUAGUUAUGAAUAAUGGUAGCAUUGAUGAAGUUGGAAAUUAUUUUGACUUGAUGGAACGCAAUGAGUCAUUUUCUGAGAUCUUGACAAAAUAUAGGUCAACAGAUAGAAGUGAUGAAAAGAAACAAAAUAUUGUAAGUCUAGCUAAACAAUCCACCUCUGUACUAAAAAAAUAUACAAAAGAAACAAUAAUUUAUUCUGAUGAAGAAACACAAAUUGGCACUGUUAAGAUGUCUGUAAUAUUUACAUAUAUAAAUUCAUAUACAUUUACCAUGUUUUUUGUUGACAUGGUAUUAAGUUCACUAAGUGUUGGAGGAAACGUAAGUCAGUUGCUGUGGUUAGCGCAUUGGAGUAAUGAGAAAAGCAACAAUAACUUGAGACAUUUUGCUAAUCUUGGUAUUUAUGCUGCAAUUGGAAUUGCACAGUAUAUGUGUACUUCAUUUACCAUUUUGGCAGUAGUUUUAGGAGCAAUUAGAGCUUCAAGGAAAUUUCAUAAUGGAAUGUUGCAUAGCGUACUUCGAUCACCAAUGUCAUUCUUUGAUACAACACCUCUUGGAAGACUAGUAAAUAGAUUCUCAAAGGAUAUUCAAGUUACUGAUG